GGGAAAACAGCAGCGUGGCUUUUGAUCUGAAAGCCGCUUUCUGAAACCCUACGGUCACUUACAAAGAGAAAAAAUCCCAUUAUUAAGCGAAGCUGGAAAAGUGAGAGGCUUGCUCCGAUUUCCAUCCAUUGCAUAACUCUCCCUCUGGUCUUUUCCUGCCAUUGGUUACAAGCCUGCAACUUCCCCCUUUCUGUUGCAAUUGAUUUGCUCCUGGUUAUUCUUCUCUUUACGAUUAGAAAAGGGGGAGGAUUGGUAGACGCGGUUUCUUCCUAUCCGAGACUAGAAACCUGAAAGUCCCAAACUUCUGUUCUUGCUCUUUCUUUGGGAAACACCAUAAUGAAGCCGCUUCUCAGCGGCCUCCUGCAGCUCUGGCCUCGAGGAUCUGUUUCGCUUCUGCCACGAACCAUGCCAGAGAGAUAUCGGGGGAAACACCUAAGUGUAACCUCGAAUCAUGCAUACCACACAAAAGGAGAAAACACCAAGCCAACUGAGCGGUAUCCAAUGCCCAAUAAAAAAGACCUACCACACGAUAUAAUUGAACACCUGGAAGAAGCAAAAGUGACGAAUGGAUUUUUGCCCAAUGUGUUUAAAGUGAUGGCUAAUCGACCGGAAGAAUUUAGGGUAUUCUUUGCCUAUCAUGAUGUCAUCAUGCACAAGAAAACAGGAAAGCUAAGUAUGGCUGACAAAGAGCUCAUUGCUGUGACUGUGAGUACUGUAAACCGCACUCUCUACUGUGUAACUGUACAUAGUGCCUCACAUCGGAGGUACUCCAAGAAACCAACUUUAGCAGAUCAGGUGGCUGUGAAUUGGAAACUGGCUGAUCUAAGUGAUCGGGAAGUGGCCAUGCUUGAGUUUGCCCUUGCUGUCUGCAGAGCAGAUAAUAUAACAGAAGAGCACUUUCAAAAACUGGAGGCACAUGGAUUUGACCGAGAAGAUGCCUGGGACAUAGGCUCCAUUUCAGCCUUUUUUGCCAUGGCAAAUCGCAUAGCUCUCUUCACAGAUAUGCGUCCCAACCCGGAAUACUAUAACAUGAAUAGAGAAGAGGACAAGGUCCAAUCUUCCAAAUAAAGUUUGCUGGUAUUUACAAGAAUAUUCGCUCCUUGGUGCUAUGGCUAAGUCUGACUAAUGGGCAACACUACUUUCUAUUACAAGCAAUACUGUACUUUCAAACAGGUUUUUUAUUUGGCUGAUGUAGCACGUCUUGCUUACUUUCAUACACUUAAAUAUUUUCUACUCAUGAGAGAAUCGAAUUCUAAAAAAUAGGGCUGAUUUUAUUUUUAUCUUAUAAUAUUGAAACCUAACUUAAACAAUCCUUUCGUAUCUCUGAGCUUUUCUAUUUUGAUCAGAAACAUUGAUUUUGGGUUCAGACUGCAAUUUGGGGAGUAACAUCAUCUUAACUGCUGUUAUAUAAUUACACUGAUCAGAAUACAUAAUUCUGUCUGUAACUGAUUUGAGGUGAUUAGUCAAUAAUUUUGACUAUAGUCUGUGUUUAAUAAUGAAGGAGACAUUAGUACAAAAAGGUACUAUGCGAUUUUACCUGGCUUUAAAAUGUGUAAUUUUAGAUUUUUGUCAUGAAUCAGGAAUAUUCUUACCUUGAUGUUAUAAAUUACAUACCAUAAAACAUCUGUAAUUCAAAUAUAUUUGAAUGUUUAUGGUAAUCCUUGAUAAAACUAUCUAAGCCAGGAGAGUUCCCAUUAAUCACUUAACAACAGCCUUGGUUACCAAUGGAAUUUUUGGAUUCGACUGUGAUUGUAAGUCAAGGGCUAUCUAUGGGUAUAUAAUUUUUCAAAGAUCUUAAAUAAUAAGUGCUGUUAUUGGUAUUUUAAGUAAUUGAACAUAAAUAUAUUGAUUUCAUACAUCACUUAUCUUUCUAAAUUUAUUUCCUAAUAAAGUUCAGAAUCAUAUUUUUGCUUUCAAUUUAGAAGUGGUAUUCAAAUUUUGUUUUAAGUUGCAUGUUUUUUCAGUUGUGGGUGUUUAUACACCUUUGAGGAACUUAUUUUUUUAUAGUUUGCUUAUGAAUCUUUCUAGAUUUAUUUUUCUUAGAUUUUUUUUCUUUUUAAUGUUCCUUUAACACAGAGGUCUCCAAUUGACAAGUUUGGGGACCCCUGCUCUAACACAUUGUUCCCCACACAAUGAAUAAUUAAUAAAUGCUAAUGAAUUCUAUCAUAAUUUGUUUUCCAUAAUUUGUUUCUUCCCUCCUUCUAAAGAAUGACUUAUCUCAUGUACAUAUAGCUUAAUCCUAAUUCAGAUAUUUUAAUACUCUACUAGAUCUUUUACUUAGUCAUUCUAAAAAGUACUUAUCAAUAACAUUACAUUUUUUUAAUAUAGUCUUUCAUUUGUGAUCAUUUCCAGUUUGGCCAAAUAUCCAAGUUUGUUCCUUGAGUUUGCACCAGAGGGAGCCUUUUUCAAGUUUGCUUUUAUUUCUAUCUUGAAUAAUAUAAAUUGUUUCUUUUCCAUAUGGUUGCAAUAUUAUAAGUUUAAAUGAACACCUUCACUUCUAUCAAAUAUUUUCCAUCCUUCAGAAAAAGCCUUAAAUGUAAUCCUUUUCUGUAAGAUAGUUUGUCUGUUUCAAUAAACCAAACUCUGUCUCCUUUUCACUUUUUCCUUCAGUGUGCAAGCUUCCUGGAUAAUGU